CGCCGCCGCCUCUGUUGCUGGGGUGGGAGAGAGGAGGGGCCGAGGAGGACCCUGGACCGCCCGUCCCCCGUGGCUGUGUUUGUACCUGAGCGGUCUCUUUUCUCCGUAGUGCGCUGACGGCCGCGGUGUCGAGGGGCAGUCCCUGGGGACACCUCGGCACGCAGCGGACAUGCCUCUCUUUGCCACCAAUCCCUUCGACCAGGAUGUUGAGAAAGCAACUAGUGAGAUGAAUACUGCUGAGGACUGGGGCCUCAUCCUGGAUAUUUGUGAUAAGGUUGGCCAAUCUCGCACUGGACCUAAAGACUGUCUUCGUUCUGUUAUGAGAAGAGUGAACCAUAAAGACCCCCAUGUUGCUAUGCAAGCUCUAACUCUUCUAGGAGCAUGUGUAUCAAACUGUGGCAAAAUUUUUCACUUAGAAGUAUGUUCAAGAGAUUUUGCUAGUGAAGUAAGCAACGUAUUAAAUAAGGGUCAUCCUAAGGUAUGUGAAAAAUUAAAGGCUCUCAUGGUUGAAUGGACAGAUGAAUUUAAGAAUGAUCCACAGCUUAGUCUGAUAUCAGCAAUGAUUAAGAACCUUAAGGAACAAGGUGUUACAUUCCCAGCUAUUGGCUCUCAGGCUGCCGAACAAGCGAAAGCAAGCCCAGCCCUGGUAGCCAAAGACCCUGGCACUGUGGCUAACAAAAAGGAAGAAGAAGAUUUAGCAAAAGCAAUUGAGUUGUCUCUCAAAGAGCAAAGACAGCAGUCAGCUACCCUUUCCUCCUUGUAUCCAAGCACAUCUAAUCUCUUAACUAACCACCAACAUGAAGGUAGAAAAGUUCGUGCUAUAUAUGACUUUGAAGCUGCUGAGGAUAAUGAACUUACUUUUAAAGCUGGAGAACUUAUUACAGUUCUUGAUGACAGUGAUCCCAACUGGUGGAAAGGUGAAACCCAUCAAGGCAUAGGGCUUUUCCCUUCUAAUUUUGUGACUGCAGAUCUCACUGCUGAACCAGAAAUGAUCAAAACAGAGAAGAAGACAGUACAAUUCAGUGAUGAUGUUCAGGUAGAGACAAUUGAGCCAGAACCAGAACCGGCCUUUAUCGAUGAGGAUAAAAUGGACCAGUUGUUACAGAUGUUGCAAAGUACAGAUCCCAGUGAUAAUCAGCCAGACUUACCAGAGCUACUUCAUCUGGAAGCGAUGUGUCACCAGAUGGGACCUCUCAUUGAUGAAAAACUGGAAGAUAUUGAUAGAAAACAUUCAGAACUCUCAGAACUAAAUGUGAAGGUGAUGGAAGCUCUCUCAUUGUAUACGAAAUUAAUGAAUGAAGAUCCAAUGUAUUCUAUGUAUGCAAAAUUACAGAAUCAGCAGUAUUAUAUGCAGCCAUCUGGUGUUUCUGGUUCCCAGGUAUAUCCGGGACCUGCUCAAAGUGGUACCUACCUGGUUACAGGGAGUGCACAGAUGAGCCAUCUCCAGAGCUACAGUCUGCCCCCAGAGCAACUCUCUUCCAUCAGCCAGGGAGCAGUUCCACCCUCUGCAAACUCUGCUCUUCCUAGUCAGCAAACCCAGGCUUCUUACCCAAAUGCAAUGGUUAGUUCUGUUCAAGGAAACUCGUAUCCCAGUCAGGCUUCAAUAUAUAGUCCUGCUGCUGCUGCUGCUGCUGCUGCUGUACCUGUACCUAUUCCUGCUGCUGUACCUGUGCCUGCUGAUGUCACCAUAUACCAGAACGCAGGACCUAAUAUAUCCCAGGUGCCAAACUAUACUUUAACAUCAUCAGCCCUGCUUCAAGGAGGAGGAAGCCAACAGCCACCUCAGCCACAGCAAGCAUAUUCUCAGAAGGCUCUGCUAUAGGACUUGAUGUUCCUCUUGGUGGCAUGUUUUCUGCUGAAUGCCAUUGACAAUGUUAGGAGAUUCAUUAACAUCCUAAGAUUUGUUUUUCCUCAGCUCAUAGGAAUCUGUCUUGGUCAACAAGUUCAAAUACUCAAGAAGUUAGAACUAUCUUCAAUUUGCACUGACUUUUUAGAGGUCCGCCCCUCCCCCAGAGGAAUGAAACUACUUACAACAUUUAUUUCCUUUCAUAAUAUGAAGAAUCGUUACAAGAUUAUUGUCUUGUAAAAUUACCUGGUCUGCAACACUCAAAAGUUUAAAAACUGCUGUGGCAUAUGUUAUGUACAUAUAUUGACAUGUAACUUCAUUAGUGACCAUUUGAAUUACAAUGGUGAUCAUGUGAAUAUAUUUAACACUGUGUUAAAUUAAUUUACAUUGCUGUUUUAUUUUAAUCAUGAACAACUACCAUGUUUGCUAAUGUUUUGUGUAAAUUUAAGUACACUAUCUCUUUAAGCUGCAAGAGAAUCAAGUUGUAGCACAUUGACCCGAAGGCAUUGUUGUCCUGUUGUAGUGUCACAUUAAAUUGAACCUUUCUUUACUAAUUGUGAGCAAAACCUAUGUAUGUUAUGUCUUUCUGUAGCUUCUGCCCACUACUGGCUGUCAUCACACCAGCAUACAGUAGCCACAUUUUUGGUGCAGUUAGAGGAGAAUAAUGUUCCUUUUAAACUUUUGUAUUUUGGCAUGAUGUUCCAGGUAUUGUGGACCAUGAGACAAAAAUUAGUCUUUAUAUAUUAUUUUUAAAGAAGUAAUAUUGAUUUUACUUUUCCCUAGUUGAAUGUGGUGAUUAGGUUUUAAAGCGGUAUUCUAGUUUUUUGGUAUCAGUGACACCAAAGAUAGAAGCAAUGCAUAGAAAGUUUUCAACUGGGAAAAAAAAUGAACUAACACUACGUUUUCAGAGUCUCUUGUAAUUUUUAAGAUCAAAACAAAAUUUGAUUCACUUGUCUUACCCCACUAGUUUUUUAAGAUAUGUCUUUGACACAUUGUAUCUUUCAAUUCUCAUUAAAAUGGCUAUAAGUAGGUGUUUGAAAGUAAUUUAUAUUCCUGACUUUUUUUUAAUAGUUUAUAUAUUUAUUAUUAAGUUUCAAACUAGAGUUUUAAGUUUUUCCCUCUGUCUGUCUCUGUCUCAUUUGUAGUUCUAUUGACAUUGUUUUUGCUUCUUAUUUAGGAGUAAUUUUAGUGAAUUAUUUUAAUCAAUACAAAAAGGUUUUCCACUGAUAUUGUAGUCAUAAAUAUUUAUAAUUUCCCUGGUUGUACUAUACCAGUACUUAAAUAAUCUAAAAUUUUGGUACCAUAUUUAACUAAUAGAACUAAAUUUUCCUCUUGUGAGUGCAAAUUACAUUUUCAUUUCCAAGACUUGUCUAUUUCCUUUUUGACAAAUGACUUCCACUUUGGCAGAUAAUCUUAAGAGUGAUUAAUUCACAGGUUCAUAUUUAAAGCUCUUUUUCACCCUUAAUUUUACUUGAGUUUAAAGUAUGUCAUCAUCAAAUAGUAAAGUUAAGUUUUUAAUUUACGUGUCACAUUUUAGAUAUUUUUAAAUAAAACCUUGCUAGCAGGUAGACUAUAAUCUUUUGUUCCAAUUUAAAUAUGGCUUAAGUGAUAUACUUUCCUCUAAGUCAUAUUGUAUAUCUUCAUUUUAAUAAGUUCCUAUUUACAACUAUAUUCCCACUUUAAUUUUUGAUAUCUUUGUGUUAAAACAUCAACAAAAUAUUUUUUAGUAUGCUUCUAUAAGUUCAUUAGUGGCAAAAUGAAAAAAGUUACCAAUUUUGCAGUGCAUAUAUAUUUUUUAUCAUGUAGAGUGUAUAAAGAGUUGAAUGAGUGAUUGACUUUGUCUAAGUGACUUUACUUGGCUAAGCGUGCAAAUACUUGGUAGAAAAAUUCCAGUGAAAAUGAAGCACUGGCCUUUCACCUUCAAGUGGCACGACAAGGGUAGAUGAGCUAAUUGGGAUCACAAAUAGUUUUGUUUUAAAUCCCAUGCAAGUUGCAUUUCGAGAUAAUCUUUGCUGAACGUGAUAAAUUAUACACUAACUCUAGCACUCAGAGGUAGAUAGAGACAGGCAGAUCGCUCUGUGAGUUUGAGGCCAGCCUAGUUGAAAAAGUGAGUUCCAUGCCACCCAGGCUACAUGAUGAGACCAUGUCUGAAAAACCAAACAACAACAACAAAAUUUUCAUUGACAGCUGUUUGUAGUGGUAUCAAAAUAUGGAUAGCUGUCAAUGAAAAAUUUUAAAUCAGAGUAUCUGUAGAGUAAAUGUCUAUGAAGAAACUUUUUGGUUUAUUCUUUUUAAGUUUGGGAAGUGUUUCUAUGAAAGUGACAGCUAAAUGAGCAAAGUGCAGCCCUGUCCUGUGCUGUAGGCCCUGUGCAGCAGUGGAUGUGAUCAUGUCAGUGUGCCUUGUGCUGUGCACUGAUGAUUUUAUAGACAUUCCUGACCCUUUAUCUUCUGUCACUGUUACCUGUCACCCCCUACUUGGGGAUGAACAUUUUUCUAAUAUGUGCCCAGAGAUGCCCUUAUUAAUUACUUCUGAAAUAUUUUUUCUUUGCUUUAAUUACUUGUUCAAUAAAUCAGCAUCAUUCAUUUCUAAUAUAGAGGACUUACAUGUGUGACAUCUGCCUCCUUAAAUUUGAAAAUAUCCUUUGUCCAGUGCUUAAGUUUGUGUUAGAUUAAUGCCCUCCAUAGUAAACUGUGCAACUGUAAUAAAUUGUAGAAAUUUUUUCCUAAUAUGAGGUUUAUUGGUAAAAUUGGUCAACUUUUCACCCAAAAUACAUUAAAACCAGUUUUAUUUUUCUUGCCUGUUAUCUCAUUUUACUUACCAAUUAUAUUAUAAUAAUAAUAGCUCCCUGUUAAAGCUUUUAACAUAACAAAACUUAAGUUUGAAAUUUUGAUUCAUUUGUUGUUUUCCAAUGAUUUUGUUAGGUUUUUAAUUUUUGUUUCUUUGGUUUGCUGGGGGUUAAUAACUGCCUGUAUCUCUUAUUGUGAAGAAUAUCUAGAAGAAACUAUCUAAAGUGGUGUUUUCAGUUAUCUUUCUGAUAUCUGCUGUAUUGGUGGUGCUGUGAGUGGUGCUUCGCCCAGCAGCCGUCUGCACAGAGAAGUUUCAGUCCUACAGAGAGGCUUCUGCACCAAAGACGGAAAGAGUAAAAUGUUGACUACCCAAACAUCCUUCUUCUACAUUUACUAUUGCUGCCAUUUACUCUAUGUCCUUGUGUGUAUUUAUGUACAUGUGUAUUUGUAUGUAGAUGUACAUGUGUGUACACACACACCUACUUUAUUGAAUGCAUAAAAAUGCUACAAAUGGAAGCUGUAUGCAUGACUACUUCAUGUUUCCUAUAAGAAUAAGGACAGCCUCCCAUAUAAUGUAAACCACUCUCAUGUUCAGGAAAACAGACAGUGAUUCUUAAGAUAUUACCAUAGUUACUCUCCAUGACCAUGUCAUGUCGUGUGUGUGUGUGUGUGUGUGUGUGUGUGUGUGUGUGUGUGCGUGCGUGCGCGCUUCAUUCUUCAGCCUAGUAUCCAUUCCAGGAAUAUAUGUCACCUAUAUAAUGUCCCUUUACUCUGUUAAUUAAUUAACAGGGAUUAAUCUGGAUAAUCCCCAUUGUCAUCUUUCUGUACUCAUGUUGACUUUUUAAGAUCCGCACUGUGUUAUAGAAUCACCCUCAUUCUAGCUUUUUUGUUUCUUUGUAGUAUCCUUUAACUUAAUUUUUAAAUAUUUUUAUUAUUUUAAUUUUUAUGCUUUAUUAUAAAAGCAUUGUAAAUAAAAACACCAAGGUUAUCCAUACCAAAAGAUCACACAGCCAAAUUAGCUCUGUAUAGUUAAAAUAGGUAUUCCAAAUGGAAACUGGAGCUUCAUAUUGGGUUUUAUACUUUUAAUAUCAAAUAUAUUUUUGUGCACUUAUCUACCACCCAAAUCUGAAAAUCCGUUCUCAUUAAAGUUACUCUUAUUCCUAAAGGAUGUAUUGAUCAAUCACAACCUACAUGACGUAAUGAAGCUACAGACUGGGAGAUGUCUCAGCAGGUAAGAACAUUUGCCACACAAGUUUGAGGACCUGAGGUCAAAUCCCCAGAAUGCAUAUAAAGAACUAGAUGUAGUUGUGUUUGCAUUUACCCAGUACUGUGAGUGGUGGCCGGCCUCAGUAAUGUCACUAGGCCUCCCCGGUUGUCAGCUUAGCUCCGGGUUCAGUGUGAGACCUGGUCUGGAGGGAAUAAGGCAGUGAGUGAGUAGGAGAGAGCAGUAGGCUGGUGUCCUCUGGCUCCCCUGCCUGUGCAUAAACUACACAUACACCACACGUACAUGUGCAGGAGGGGAGAGGAAUGAAUUCUCAUGUUUAUUUCAGAAACCACAUAUAAAUAACCGUGGUUAACCGUGCAGUUUCUGCUGUGUAUAACUGACUAAACUUAGGUCGCUGAGGCCAAAGAGAGCUGCAGCUCUGUUUUCGUUUUCAGUAGCAUUCAGAACUGAAGAAUAUUGUGCUGGCAGCAAUGGCUCGAUUCCCCCAUUCUCACCAAAGUGAGCUUUUCUCAGUGAUUCACGCACCCAUUGGACUCAAGUGGAUGGCUUUGGGGUAACUUCAUAAGUGCUAUAAUAUAUAUAAGGACUGUAUUUUCAGAUAUAUUUUUGCCUGUAAAAGAUUUCUCCUUAACCUAAUGCCAAUACCAGGAUGUUGAAAGGGCAAGGAAGUUCUCCCUUUUUUUAAAAAUCAGAAGUAUUCAUUUCCUCCAGUUGUUUACCAAGUUGGAGUCAGGUUGAGGAAAGCAUAGUGAAGUUGCAGACGUGCAAAAUGUAAUAAUGAGUACCAUUAGAUUGUUAGGAUUUGAGGUUAAGUCCUAGUUCAGUUGAUGGAUUAAAAAAUACAACUAAUUACUGUUUCUUGGAUGUAUUCAUUAUAAAUGAUUGUGUAUCUUAAAGAGAAAUAUGAUAGUUGAAAAGGUUUUUGGUUGAAUUCAUAGUAUAGAAUAUCUGCUAAGUAGGGCUGAUCCAAAGUGGAAAAUUAAUAGAAAACAUACAUAGGUUACUUUUUGUCUAAACCAAAAUUACUGAAAAACUAAUGAACACAUAUUCAAAGGGGUUGCUAAAACUGACUGAAGAUAGCGAUCUGUCUACCCUGAUUUGUACAUUUGGAACACACAAAAAUACCAUCUUAAAAAGGUUUCUAAAAAAAUAACGAAAUUUGAUUUUGUCUGUGGGAAAUCUUAAAUUACUUAGUUCAUGUUAAAUGUUUGUUUUAUUUAAAUGGCUAAGAAAAUUGUUUGACCCCCACCACCACCACCAAAGAUAACAAGGAGAGGUUGAUGAGUGAAAGAAGCUGUGUUCAGAUGUGUGGGACGAGUUCUGUCAGCAGUGGACAUCAUCAGGGAUGAAAUGAUGGCAAGCGCUCAUGCCCAUCCUUCGCUACGUCAAGCAUCACUCUAUUAAAGCUGAAUAACUUAAUCUAAUGAUUGUAUUUGGUGUCUUCUUAAAGUGUUAUUUCUAAAUAUUCCCUUUACUUACCUGUGACUUACAAAUCAAGUGCUAUUUAUUACUCCUUAGUUUCUUCCUGUGAAUUCCAAGAGCUGUCUUGAGAAAUGUACACUGCUCUCCAAAAUGCUUCCAGCCAAGAUUUUGUACAUUGUCUUUUAACUCUUAACUUGUGUUGACCUGCUGAUGAUACAUUAAGUCCUGCUAUAUAAUUCGCACAUUGUGUCUUAAAAAUGGCUGAGCUGGGAAAAAUUAUGUAAUAAAAAUGCCUUCGGAUUUAUGGGGAAAUUUGGCUAGAAACACAGCUUUCAGAAACCUCAACAGUGAAUAAAUAUGGGAACUUGUAAAUCCAGUACAGUGUCUGUCACACACGUUAAAUGGCUCACAUGGAAAUAUGUGAGCAUGACAAUAAAUUUGGCACCUUACCUCA